GUGUAACAUUCAGCGGAAGUAAAUAAAACAAAGGCGCCACGGGAGGUUAAUCUAUGAGUUAAACCUCGAGCCACAUUUACUGUAGCCUACAUUAGACAACAAUGUGUUCAGUUGAGUCUUUGAGAGAGUUUGUCAACGAGCGACUAACUGCUGCUGCUGAAGAAAUAUUGGGAGUUUUUAAAAGAAGCAUCGUCGAGUACGAGGAAGAGAUCGAUCGUCAGCGCAGACUGUUGGAUAUCGUUUUGAAGCCUGAAAUAAAGUUACACAGGACAGAGCUCCCACAGCAACAUGUGUGUAAGGAGGAGGAGGUUGUCCCUGAGCAGCAGCUCUGUAUUGAGGAGAGGAAGUCCAGUGUGGACCAAGAGGAGCCAGAGCCUCCACAGAUUAAAGAGGAAGAGGAGGAAGUGUGCAGCAGUCAGGAGGGAGAGCAGCUUGUAGUGAAGCAGGAGACUGAUGGCUUCAUGUUGACUCCUGCUGAUGAGGAAAGUGAGCAGAGUGAAGAUCAGACUCUGGACUUCAUUCAUGAUGACACUCAAAGUGCAGCAGAGAAAGAGUCUGUUGUCAUUAUACCAGUUAUAAGCUCUGUGAUACCAACCAGUGAGCACCAGCUGCUCUGUCACAACUCUGAUGUAGCUGAGAGCCAAGAUGAGGAAGAAUACCAGCAUGGAGACUCAGGAUCAACUAGAAACACAGAGCUUCAAGCAGAGAAAAGACAUCAUGAAAGUGAAAUGAACAGUAACAGUCCACACACCUCUGCUGUGAUAAACUUAAAUACAGGUAAAAAGCCUUUAAAAUGUGACAUAUGUGGGAAAGGUUUUGAGCGCAAGUCAAAAUUGCAGAGACACCUGAACAGCCACACAGGUGAGAAGCCGUUUUCUUGCAAAACAUGCGGGAAAAGAUUCAGUCAGAAGUCAGGAUUGGAAAGGCACAUGACAAUCCACACAGGUGAGAAGCCGUUUUCUUGCAAAACAUGUGGGAAAAGAUUCAGUGACACAUCAGCAUUGAGCGCUCAUAUAAGAACCCACACAGGUGAAAAGCCCUACCUUUGCAAGACCUGCGGGACAAGAUUCAGUCAGAAGUCAGGACUGGAAAGGCACAUGACAAUCCACACAGGUGAGAAACCGUAUACAUGUAAAGUAUGUGGGAGAGCUUUCGGACGUAAUGAUGUCUUGUUAGGCCACAUGAGGACUCAUUCAGGGGAGAAGCCGUAUACUUGUAAAGUAUGUGGGAGAGCUUUCAGACGUAAUGGUGACUUGAAAGUCCACAUGAGAAUCCACACAGGUGAGAGGCCAUGCCUUUGCAAGACCUGCGGGAAAAGAUUCAGGGAUGUGUCCACAUUGACAAAGCACAUGAGAGUCCACACAGGAGAGAAGCUGUAUACAUGCAAAACGCGUGGGAGAGGUUUUACAGGGAAACAUUGCCUGAUUAGCCACAUGAGAAACCACACAGGUGAGAAGCCGUAUACUUGUAAAGUUUGUGGGAGAGCUUUCAGACGUAAUGCUGACUUGUUAGGCCACAUGAGGACUCAUUCAGGGGAGAAGCCGUAUACUUGUAAAGUUUGUGGGAGAGCUUUCGGACGUAGUGAUGUCUUGUUAGUCCACAUGAGGACUCAUUCAGGGGAGAAGCCGUAUACUUGCAAAACAUGUGGGAGACAUUUCAGAUCUAGCAGUAACUUGACAAUCCACAUGAGAACACACACAGGUGUAAAGGUGCAUCACUUGAGCACAGAGGUUCCAGUUGAAGUCACACAUAUACAGGAGAGAGACUGUUUACAUGCAAAACAUGUGGCAGAGCUUUCAGAGGCCUGUUCCAUAAAGCAUGCUAAGAAAAGUGGGGAGACAACAAUGUGUUCAGUUGAGUCUUUGAGAGAGUUUGUCAACGAGCGACUAACUGCUGCUGCUGAAGAAAUAUUGGGAGUUUUUAAAAGAAGCAUCGUCGAGUACGAGGAAGAGAUCGAUCGUCAGCGCAGACUGUUGGAUAUCGUUUUGAAGCCUGAAAUAAAGUUACACAGGACAGAGCUCCCACAGCAACAUGUGUGUAAGGAGGAGGAGGUUGUCCCUGAGCAGCAGCUCUGUAUUGAGGAGAGGAAGUCCAGUGUGGACCAAGAGGAGCCAGAGCCUCCACAGAUUAAAGAGGAAGAGGAGGAAGUGUGCAGCAGUCAGGAGGGAGAGCAGCUUGUAGUGAAGCAGGAGACUGAUGGCUUCAUGUUGAUUCCUGCUGAUGAGGAAAGUGAGCAGAGUGAAGAUCAGACUCUGGACUUCAUUCAUGAUGACACUCAAAGUGCAGCAAAGAAAGAGUCUGUAUUUAAAAUGCCAGUUAUAAGCUCUGUGAUAUCAGAAGCAACCAGUGAGCACCAGCUGCUCUGUCACAACUCUGAUGUAGCUGAGAGCCAAGAUGAGGAAGAAUACCAGCAUGGAGACUCAGGAUCAACUAGAAACACAGAGCUUCAAGCAGAGAAAAGACAUCAUGAAAGUGAAAUGAACAGUAACAGUCCACACACCUCUGCUGUGAUAAACUUAAAUACAGGUAAAAAGCCUUUAAAAUGUGAAAUAUGUGGGAAAGGUUUUGAGCGCAAGUCAAAAUUGCAGAGACACCUGAACAGCCACACAGGUGAGAAGCCGUUUUCUUGCAAAACAUGUGGGAAAAGAUUCAGUGACACAUCAGCAUUGAACACUCAUAUAAGAACCCACACAGGUGAGAGGCCCUACCUUUGCAAGACCUGCGGGAAAAGAUUCAGUGAGAAGUCAGUUUUCAAAAGGCAUUGUAGAAUCCACACAGGUGAGAAGCCGUAUACUUGUAACAUAUGUGGGAGAGCUUUUGGACGUAAUGGUUACUUGUUAGUCCACAUGAGGACUCAUUCAGGUGAGAAGCCGUAUACUUGUAACGUAUGUGGGAGAGCUUUCGGACGUAAUGGUGACUUGUUAGUCCACAUGAGGACUCAUUCAGGGGAGAAGCCGUAUACUUGCAAAACAUGUGGGAGACACUUCAGAUCUAGCAGUAACUUGACAGGCCACAUGAGAACACACACAGGUGUAAAGGUGCAUCACUUGAGCACAGAGGUUCCAGUUGAAGUCACACAUAUACAGGAGAGAGACUGUUUACAUGCAAAACAUGUGGCAGAACUUUCAGAGGCCUGUUCCAUAAAGCAUGCUAAGAAAAGUGGGGAGUGAAGUCCAAAUCCUGAAUUUUAAUUGAAAUUGCAGGUCUGGAAAAGUUAAACUAGUGAGAUAAAGAACAAAAGGAGGAGACUGCUUUAAAGUUUGAAUGAAUUUUAUACUUGCAAGAGUCCUGGAAAACCUGGAAAAGUCAUGGAAUUAGUCAAAAUCAUUAUAAGUCACAGAACUUGUUUGUGUAUAAUGAAAUUAUUAGAAUCAUCUUCAGUGGAUAACCCUCCAUAUAAUGUAACAUAAUGGCAAAUUCAUUUUCUGAAGCUGGCGUCUUAAUGUAGCUUUAAUAUGCGUCGAUGUGUGACAAUGUUUGUUUACCAUCAGGUGUGUUUUGUCAUUUUCUCCCUCAGUUUGUCUCUCCCUUCCUGUGUGCCAAUUAUGUUUACAUAGAGUUUGAAUCUCAUGUUUGAAAAAUGCCGGGCAAGUGGGGAAAGAAAAAGAAAAUUCUUCAUGAAGAGUCCUUGAAAAGUCAUGAAAAAGUUUGGAAAUAUUGUCCAUGAAAAUGUGAGCGGAACCUGUAAUUAAAAGUAUGACUGAUUUUGCAGUGAGCACAGUAAUAAACUGAUCCCAGAAGA